AUGAAUUGUGACUACUUCACUUAUUAUGUUGAAGAGACAUUGCCAAAUUAUGUUCAAUAGAAAUUAAAGGAAUGCUUUAUAUAAUUGGACAAUAAUUAAAAUAUAAUAACAUGUGUGGACAUGAUAUGCUAAUAAAUUGAAUUUUGUAGGAAAUUAUGCAAUCGAUUGUAAGUAUAAAAACAAUUAUUGAUAUUAAUAAAAUCAUUGGAGAAUUAAAUAUAUUCUAUAAAAGAUGCAGAAAAAAAUAAUAUUUAUCACCUAUUCGUAUAGGAUGUUUAUGUAUUUUAAAUACUACUUAGAUUGCUUUGUAUAAUGAUUUAAUUCGAAACAAAAAAAUAAAAUGAUAAUUUUAAUGAAGAUUAUACAGAAAAGUAAGCAUUAAUUUUAUAAAUUUUAGAUUUAGAAAUGAUUUAGCAAUGAGUUUCAUAAUAUUAAGAACUAAUUAAACUAAUUAAUUAGAUGGAUAAUUUUUAGAAAUGUUUUUAAAGUUAAAAUCUAAAUCUAUACUAUUUUAUAAGUAUUUAAUAAAAUUUAGUGAAUAAUUUUCAUUAAGAGAUUGUUUGUCAUCAUUAAGAUAAUUAAAAUAGUAAUUAAUAAAAAAACAAAGAGCAUAAUUUAUUGAAAAACGAGGUUAAAUAGAUUCAAUUAAAUAAGAUUCAAAAGGAGAAUAAUCUAAUUCAUUUUAUGAAUAAACUGAUUUUAGAAUUAAAGAUAAAAGGUUAUAAAUAAUAAUGUAGGGAAAAUAACCAAAAUAAGAAUAACAAAAUAUAUCAUUCUAAGAUAUUUUGAAAUAAAAAGAAAAUACAAAAUUUUUUAAUAUAACAGAGUCAACUUUAUACCGUCCAUCUCUAAUUAAAAGAACAAUAAAUGAUGGUAUUAAUGGAAAAUACAAAGUAUAUUAAUGAUUUUUAUAAAUUUUAGUUAGGGAAUGAUAUUAAAAUAGUAAGAAAAGUUAGUAAUUCAAGUAUUAAGAAAAUUAAUAAAACUGAAAUAUAACCAUUUUAAAUUUUAUAAUAAAAAUCCUAAUUAGAAUUUUGUAGAGAGGUAAGUAGAAAGCUAUUGAAAUUAGAAUAGAAGAAAAUACUGA